AAAAAAAAAGCAAAAUGAACGUGCUAGAGCUAGAGGAAGCAGGGUCAUGUAGGUUUUUUGCUGAAUUAUCAUAUAAGGAAAGCGGACCUCAGUCACCACCCUGAGGUCCCCAGAACACUGAUACGACACCACAAGGGCCUUGACUUCUCCACGACGGACACUUAGGCUCACUGAUCAAUUUGCUUGUAGCAGUAAUGGCAGACCCUUCAAAGGCGGAAUCAGAGCAGAUCUUUCAAGUUCUGAGAUCACAAAAAGGCAACAAGACAUGUUUUGAUUGUCAGGCUCGGAAUCCGACUUGGUCUAGUGUGACUUUUGGAGUUUAUAUCUGCCUAGACUGCUCUAGUGUUCAUCGUAAUAUGGGCGUACACAUAAGUUUUGUACGAUCAACGAACCUCGACAGCUGGCAACUAAACCAGCUUCGUACCAUGAAAGUAGGCGGAAACGCAUCGGCGACAGAUUUCUUUACGCGACAUGGUGCUGCGACGCUUCUCAGCGAUUCCGACACUAAGAAGAAGUACUCGAGUCGUGCUGCUGAGCUGUACAAGGAAGAGCUUGCGAGACGAGUGAAGGAAGAUGUCGCAAAGUUCCCUACGCGCAUCGUGGUGGAUGGUGUCGAUGCUUCUCCUGCGAGCACUGAAGCUACGCAAGGAGAGGAAGAUUUCUUCUCUUCAUGGGAAAAGCCCGCCGCUCCGAAAACAACCUCUUCCUCGGCUCUUACACCUCCUCCUAUCAUUGGGCGGCCAGCAUCAACAGGUUCAACUGCUUCUCGACCAACCACAUCUAGUUCCAUGCGAUCGAACUCCAGUACCUCUACAAAUGGUACUGCUAGGCUCGGUGCAACGCGUUUGACGUCAUCUACUUCCGCGAUCGGUUCAUCAGUCACUUCUACCUCUCAGAAGAAAUCCAAACUUGGUGGCCUUGGCGCGAGAAAAGCAGCUACGCCUAUAGAUUUUGCGGAAGCGGAACGCAAAGCUACAGAGGAAGCUGAGCGUAUCAAGCAGCUUGGCUAUGACAGAGAACGAGAGGAGGAAGAAGAGCGCGCACGGAAAGAGGCAGAAAAGAUCGCUUCGUCGCAGGUUAGGGCAAAGUCUGCUGAUGCUGUGCAGACGAACAUAGUGCAGGGAAAGGUCGACUUGCAGAAGGGCAACAGUCAAGACCUUGAGAGGCUGGGCAUGGGCUUCCGUAAGCUUGGCUUUGGGGCAGUUCCCACCGCUUCACCUUCAUCCACUGCGAGAUCAAGUCCUACUAUCGAUGACACACCAACCACCGCACGAGACAAGUUUGGCAAUCAAAAGGCUAUCUCGUCCGACAUGUACUUUGGCCGAAAAGAUUACGACCCUAAUUUUGUCUCUGAGUCUCAGGCUCGUUUACAGAACUUCCAAGGCGCUACAUCCAUUUCGUCUAACCAAUACUUUGGUCGGGACGAAGAAGAAGAGUUCGAGCGUACCAGUUCAGAUGGUGGACUAUUGGGCGAUGGCAAUCUUUCGAAUCUCGAAGUUGCAGCAAGAGAUAUUGUGGCAAGGGUCAUGUCAAAUCCUGACGUUCAGAACGUCGGAGAGAAUAUUCGAACCAGUGCAUUGAAGCUCUCGGAUUAUUUGGCGCAGAUGUCUCAGCAUUAAGUUGAUGCCAAAUACUUUUAUAUCCUCUCCGACAUACAUCUUGGGCUCUUUUGUUAUACUUCCAUACAUGUGUUUCUAGUUACCUAUGCAAAGAUCGUGGUCAAGUUGAAGCCACGUGACUUUUCGCGGCGUU